AUGAGUAUCACCAUAAGCAGGAUAGAUAGGGCUAUAGACAGAUAUAGGAAUCUCAAAGUAGGUGAGAAAGAAUACAAGAAUAUAGCUGGAAUACUGGUGGACGAGAUUUCCUCAAAAGCAUCCCACUCCAAAGUCAUGGAGCUGAUUGAGCUUUUUAUUUCAGCAGAAGCAAAACCGAUGUACUUGAAUGAAGUGAAGAAUUAUCUCUUUGAAAAUGACAGGGCUCUUUAUGAACGCUAUGCCCGUAUGUUUCUGAAAAACCCCGGUGUAUUUGAGGCAUUUGGAGUGCAUGGGGAAAAAAGAGGCCCGAUUGUACAGGAGAAAGGCCCAGUGGUGUUCAAAAGCUUGAAGCCAAAACUCAAUGCAAGCACUAAGAGAAAGUCAAAGACCACGAGAAAAGCUAUCCAAAAAGAAAGCAAGAUAUCUGCAUAUCACAAAAUCAUGAGGGAAAAAUCGGCUUCCAUUGAAUAUCAGAAGAAAAUAGAUGCGAUGUACAGGAAAGUACGAAAGGAACAAUAA